AUGCCCAAACCAAUCGUCCUCCACCUAGGCGACGACAUCCGCUGGAACCAUGAGCUCUACGCUAAAUUCCAAGAUGCAUUUGAAAUCCGCCGUUCAUACAGUAUGAACCGAGAAGAGUUCAAGCGCGCCCUGAAAGAGCGCACCUUUGGUGAUUUCUUUGCUAUUUACCGCCCGUUCUGGAAUACCGGUGGUGAGAUGGGGAAUUGGGAUGAGGAGCUUAUCUCCCUUUUGCCGGCUUCUUGUCGUGUUUAUGCUAGUGCUGGGGCUGGAUUUGACUGGGUUGAUACGGCUGCUUUGGCUAAGAGGGGUAUGUAUACGCACAAAGUGAUGGGACUGGAUGUGGACGCGAAGAGAAAGAAGAAGUCGAUGCUAAUUUAUACCUCUGUUGGUUUAGGGGUUACCUAUUGCAACGCCGCAGCAGCAUGCACGGAAUCCGUGGCCGACGCCGCAAUCUGGCUGAUAAUCUCUACAUUCCGUCUCUUCAGCUGGUCCCAUGUAGCGGCACGCUCGGUGGACGCUGAGCAAUUCGUCGACGCAAACCGGAACUUGGCUAUGGUCUCACACAACCCGAACGGACACACACUCGGUAUAAUCGGGUUCGGACAGAUCGGCCGACGAACGGCUGAGAAGGCGUACCUGGCGAUGAACAUGAAGAUUCACUACCACGAUAUCGUGCGGAUGCCCUCCGAGCUUGAAUCCGUGUCGAAGGCGACCUAUCAUAAGGAGAUGGAUUCGUUGCUGGCGGUGUCGGAUUGUGUGAUGGUUGCGACGCCGUUUAGUGGGGAGACGUUGCUUAACAAGGGGCUUUUGGCGAAGAUGAAAGAUGGGGCUAGGUUGAUUAAUAUUGCUCGUGGAAAGUUGCUUGAUGAGGGGGCGCUUGUUGAGGCGUUGGAGAGUGGGAAGUUGGCUGCGGCAGGUUUGGAUGUGCAUUUUGAUGAGCCGAGGGUUAGUCCUAAGCUUGCUUCUAUGCGAAAUGUGGAGAUGAUGGCUCAUAACGCUGGGGCUUCAGUUGAUUCGCAUAUUGGGUUUGAGAGGUUGGGUAUGGAGAAUAUUCUUUCUUUUGAGAAAACUGGGAAGGCGGUUACGCCUGUUAAUGCGCACUUGGUUGCUAAGGCGAAUGGGUCGAAGCUUUAG